AUGUCACCUUCCAGUAUGCCACCUUCCAGAAGUAUGCCGCCUUCCAGAAGUGUGUCACCUUCCAGAAGUGUGUCGCCGAAGGCUGGAUCUUGCAGCCCAAAGCGAAAGGAAGCCGCAGGACCCGCGGUGCCGGCCGUCGAGUACAUGUGCGUCGUCAGGAGCUUUGUGCAUCAGCAGAUCCAGGGCCUCGAGGAAAGACUUCAGCUGCAGCUGGUGCAGCAGAGCGAGCGGCUCCGUAGCGCUGCGGCGGCCAAGUCGCUGCAGGCGGCGCAGAGCCUGGAGGAGAAGCUCCAAGAGCAAAUUCAGUGUGUGCAGCAAGAAGGUCUGCGGCUGCGCGAGGAGAAGCGAUGCGAUCGGAGCGAGUCGGAGGAAAUGCCCUUGGCGCCAGCUGAAAGUCCGGUGCCAAACGAGGAGGUCAAAGAGCUCUCCAUCCGUGUGAGGCGCCUGGCGGAAGAGUUGCAUCUGCACCUCGGCCGGGUGGACAGGCGUUUGGAAGAUCUGGAAGCAGAAGUGAGGCGCAUGAAUGUGGACCUGCAGCAGAAUCAGCUUCAUGCUGACCAGCUUCAAAGGCUCCAGGGCAGGGAAAGCGAGCUGCUGGGCCGCGUCGAAGAGAUGCGGGACAUGCAAAGGUGUUUGGAAGAAGGGCUGCGUUCAUGGCAAAGCCACACGCAGCAUUUGGAAGAUAUUUGGCGAGAAGGACUCGAAAACACGAGGCCUUCCGAGACAGUGACCUGCGAUAAGGCAGUUGGUGGCCAAAGCAGCCCCAAGCUGGAUAGCUUUGACAGAUUGCCCGGGUCGACGACAGCUUUUCUGAACUUGCUGUCAGUCCUCCCGGCCUACUCGCCAUCGAGUCAGGACAAAGAUGCCGUGACCAACGUCAGUCGGGCGGAGUCCCCCGGGGGCGUCGGGCCCAGCCUCGCCGUGCCGCGGCUCCAGGAGCGAGAGUGCUUGAGCUUUAUGAAAGAUCCUCCGGACUUCGACGCACCAGAGUCAUCUCCAGGCUCCACAAAGGAGCCGGAUGUCAGCGUGGUGAGCAAGACGAUGUCCGACAUCGCUGAGACGAAGGCGAGGAUCCAGAUGUUGAAGGCGGCGAGCGAGCGCCUCGAGCCUGGCGACCUGAAGACGGCCUGCGGCGCCAAAGAGCUCCACUUCUUGCAGCCCCUCAGUAGCACAUUUGACUCGAGCAUCUUCACAGCUCGAGCGGAGGUCCGACCAGAGCGACCCGGUCGUGAGGUGCCAAAAGAAGGCCAACGAUUUGAGGGCCGCGAGAACUCGGGCGAGGUCACUCCGGACGAGGCCACGAACGGCGCGGACGCCAAGAAGCGGAAGGCCCGGAGUGCUCAAGGAGCCACUGGCAUCGUCCAGUGCCGGCGCUGGGGAGCCUUCCAUAUGUACGGCACCUUCCGCCGCCCAAGCACAGAGCGACGCAAGAGACGAGAUGUUGGAGAUGAGGACGAAUUCCCGUGGCUCGUGGCCCUGCUGUUCGUGGUGAUCCUAUGCGCCUACAGCUUCGUGCUCUAUGGGUGCUGGGACGUCUCCACCCGGAUCCAGACCUUUGGAGAGAGGUCCAGCCACUCCCUGGCUCUCACUGCGGGCGUGACAGACGCCAUGCAAGGUGUCGUGUCUCAAUCCGUCGACCGUGGAGAAGAGGCAAUCCACGGCGGCUUGGAUCGUCUCCUGAUCGAGUCGGAAAAUGCGCAUGCGGAGGCCCGGAAGCUGGUCAAGAUACUGAAGGACAACUCGGGCCACAUGGCCAAGGAAAUGCAAACCACGUAUCGCAAGUUGGUGACCCUGCUCUACGCGGAAUCCAAGCGCCUGAGUUUGCUUGGGGCCCGAUUGCAGUUUAUACAGCAGCCUGAAGCUGCAAGAUCCUUGGUCGAUUCGGUCACUGGCCUGGUAAACAUGAUCUUACCGCUUGCAGCCGCGUUGCCCAACGACAAGCAGGCCAUGAUCGGCUUGAUGAACAGCACCAAAGAGCUCCAAGCCAUCUUCGCGCAGAUGGACACCUCCAUCGAGUCGGUGGAUAUGUUCCUCCAGGACCUGGCAGCACAGUGCGACCACUUCAUCUCGGCGGCCUCACUGCUGGUGAACCACAGCAUGGUGGAGGACUUUCAGCAGAAGGUGGCUGAUCUGCCCAAUGAGACUUCGGCGAUGCUCAUGAGCUUCACUCACUUCCGGGAGUCUCAGUAUUUGCGCAAGCUCUACGACCUGGAUUUAGUGAACAGCUUCGAUGAGCUGGGACCAGAAGACCAGAAGCUCGUGACGCAGGCGGCGGAGGCGCUGCUGGGCAUCUCGGAGCACCUGAAGCGCGAAGUCCAGAGCUCCGAGCAGAUGGUGAGGGAGGCCAUCGCCCUGGUGAGAGCGGGGACCAAAAAAUCAAAGGCGGAGUUCAACUCAUUGCACAACUCGUCCCUUGAGCUGAGCACUGAAACCAAGGAGACGAUAUGGACUGGGCAGCCCUUGUCUAUUUGCGAGCUGCAGGUAUUUGCACCAUCUUCGCUAUGCUCAUGGCCUUCGUGGGAUUGGCCUAUGCUUGCUAUUUGGAGUACGUCUAUGAGAACCUGGGCAUUGCUCGAGCAUUCCAAUCAGAGCUACAGGAGAGCGAAGGUUGCCUCUGGCGCUGCCUGGGCCACAGAGACCCAGAAGCUUCGCUUCGCUUCUUUGGCGCUUCUGGGGUUGCCUUGA